AUGGAUAGAGGUAUCGAUGUGAACUUGAAGUCAGCCCUCACCGUGGCCAACCCAGAGGAUGACGACGUCUCCAGGGAGGUCUACUUGGGUGUGGUAAAAAGCUACAAUGACCGCCGUGGCUUUGGAUUUCUGGCUUGUACAGAAACGGCUGAUCGCUUCGGCCGCGAUGUCUACAUGCCAAAGGCCGAAGCCACAAUGGCCGCGUUACUUGCGGCUGGUGUAGAUAGAGAAGCGGGCAUCAGCAUGGUGAUGAACGGGUUUUGUGGCGCAGCGGCAACAGCCGCCGCCGUAGCAGCCGCGCCGCGCGGACCCGAGGCCGCGAAAGCCGCAGCAGCGGCAGCGGCACAGCUGGAGAAGGAAGGCGAGAAGUCCACCGCGCCCCGUUUGGCGGAGGAGGACGUGGUGUUCUUCCGUGUGCGGCUGAGCGUGGAGGGCUAUCCACAGGCUGUCUGCGUCCAGCGCCUGCGCAAGCUUACCGGGAGCGUGCUCCUUGCACCUUCCCACACAAAAGGAUCGAUCGUCAGCGAUGAGGCUGUGGCAGUCUGUGGGCGCAAAGAGGUCGUGUUUGAUACCGAAGCCUGUGGACAGCUGCGGUUGAUUCCUGGCGAUGUCGUGACAUUCUGCAUCCCAGAGGCUGAAGAGAAGCUCGGCGCUGUCGCGAAACCCGCACCAUUGCCGGCCCCAGCAGCCAAGAUGAUUUCCCUAUGCAGCACGAGCCGUGCAAGUGGCACUGUCUUGGGUUGUUUCACCCUGGACUUGCCUAGAACCUUGCCAGACAAUGUGAAUGCUCCGCUGCGAGCAAACCUGAAGCUUCCCUGUCACGCCUUCGGAGACAAACUCGUUCUGGCGCGCCUGACAGAUGAUUUAGAUGAUGCAGAGCUUAUGCGGUUCUUCUCCAAGCAAGGUGCCACAGGAGCCAUUGUGGCGCAUGCCCGCGCCUGCAGUUUUGCUUCGGUGUCCUUUGCCAGCAUUGCAGAUGUGGCUCGAUUCCUGGGUCGCAUUGCCCAUGCUUUCGCAGAUGAUCGGGGCACACUUGUUGCCAGACUACUUCCCUUGGAUCCCAAGCUUGAUGCCAUUGCAACGCUUCCUGCGCUACCGGCACCACAGCUCUCGGCCAAGGACAGCAACGGCGAUGACCUUGAAUCGGGUGCACUGCUUGUGCUCUGGUCCCCGCUGGUCUUGGCUGUGGCUUACUCUGUGGAGCUCCGGCCCGCAGGUACCGAUGGACCAUGGGCCUCGGUUGACGUUGGCUCUAAGAUGGGCUCAAGUAGCCAUCGCUUUGACUCGUCCACUUCCUCUUGCAAGGUGACGAGUCUACAGCUGACCACUCGGUAUGAGGCCCGAGUUUCCUACUUCACCGACUGCGGCACGACCUCAGAGGCCUCUGAGGCAUCCGAGCCAUGCACGCCAUCCCAAGGCUCUGAUGCAAAGCCAAAGACGGUGACAGCAACAAGCCCUCCACCUACACAUGCUCGACCAGGGGCACCUGGGGCUCCAGAGUAUGUGGCAACACACAACACACACCCAGCCCACUACCCGCCCCCAAGCCUCAGUACACUGCCUCCACCAGCACCAGUGAACCCGACCUCAACUUGGUCAGGUUGGAGCACCAGCACGACAGAAGCCGCUGCCUAUCCGCCGCCUCUGCCGCUGCCGCAGACAGUGCCUCCGCCGGGGCCAGAUCCCUUUGCUGCAGGCUACCCACCGGCUCCAGCGGCUGCUGCGCCACCACCACCCUGGAGGUCUCCAGCCGGUCUGGUGGUCCCACCACCAGCUGCGCCGGAACUGCAGACCUGCGACGACCAGGGCUUUGCGCUGAAUGUCGUGUGGCCUUCCGUGCUGCAAGCAGUGUCCUACGUGGUGGAGAUUCGUGCGUCGGAUUGCUCAAGCUUCGAGCGCUUUGUGCGCCCUGCUCCGGAGGCCGAGUCUUGCUUUGAGG